AUGACUGUUACAAGAUGUGGAGAGGCCAAAAUAGAUUGGCCAACAGCUUCCUAUGUGAAGAGAUGCUUGUCUCACAGGCAAAAGGCUAAAAAAUAUGAAGUAGCUGAAGCUGCAACUGGAAAUGAAUCUGACACUGGCUGUAAGAUUGGAGUUGUUUUAGCAAAACCAGUCCCCCAGAAACAGUGUGAACCACCUCUAGAAAAAGAGAAAGCCAAAACACCUGAGAAAGAUUUGAAACAAAAAUCGAAAUUUAAAGGAUCAUCAGACAGAAACAAAGAAACUUUUGAUAAAAGAGACCAGGAACAGUGUACUAAAUGCAUUUUUAUGGAGUUGAAAUUUUCUUUGGAGGUAGCAAUACUAACAGUAAAACUUCAGCGUUCCCGUGAAAAUCACCUGGAAAUAUCUACAAGACAUGUACUUGUACCUACAAAUCAAAAUAUAAAAGACAGUAUUUCACUGGGACAACAUGAAGGUCACCUGAGGAGAAAUUCCAAUGGGAAGCCUAUCCAACCUGUUCUUCAAAUGAAAGAUUCUUUCAUAAGCCAAAAAGUAGGAAAAGGAGUUAAGGAAAAACUAGAAUUUGAUGCUUUGAAAUGGGAUUCUACAAGUACUUCUCUGAUAAAGGAGAGUCACAAAAGUUCCAACGACAUGAAGUUGCAAAGUGAUUUUCUUGGCAAAUCACUGACAGUGAAUCAACGUCAAUUAGCAUCCACAAAAUUUGAGAGGAUUCCAUCCAAAGAAGGUGAAGCUGUAGCUGGAAUUGGGCCUGUCACUGAUUAUAAAGUUGGAAUUCAAUUAGAAAAACCAGUCCCCAAGAAGGAGUGUUCCAAGGAAAUAAAGUUGCAAAGUAAUUAUCCUGGCAACUCAUUGCCACCGAAUCAAAAUCAAGUACCAUCCACAAUAUUUGAAAAGAUUCCAUCCAUAAUAGGUGAAGCUGUAGUUGGAAUUGGGCCUGCCAUUGACUAUAAAGUUGGAGUUCAGUUAGAAAAACCAGUCCCCCAAAAGCAAUGUGAACCACCUCUACAGAAAGAGAAACAGAAAGAAGUAAAGAAAGGUAGGAUGAAUAUUAUGAAUUUUCUCUAAGUAUGUUAUUUGCAGGAAUAGUUACAUUCCAAACUUUAAUAGGAAGGGUAAACAAAAUAAAUGGUAAAAUCAUGUGAUGAUGAAAUUCAC